GCGCCUCCAGCCGCCUCAGAUCCCCCGGGCAGCCGUCCUCCGUCUCCGCGGGCAGCACCGUCGCGGACUCCGAAGAGUCCGAGGAGGAGCCACUGCCGAGCAGGCACGGCUCGGGCGUCUUCGAUUUGUCCGCCUGCACCCGGCAGGACAGCGAGCGUCCACCCCGCGGCGGCCGCCGCGGCCCCCGCUGCUGCUGCGCGAG